ACUUGCCGUCCUUUGACCUCACGCGUUCCACUGCACGAAACGACGACAUCAUCGGCCACCCGCCCGCAUCGUGUGUGGGACUUUUGCCCUCGUCCAAGCCUCGAUAACGCCACGACUACCAAGUGUUCCUCUUUCUGCUCGGCGACUCGGACAACAACUGAACCAAACCGAGGCGACCGUCUUCUACCGCGCGCGACGCCUAACAUGAACCUGCCCACCGAUCUAUAGCCCCUUGCCUUAUCGCCCUACGAGUUCGAACAGUCCCCGCUCAAGAUGUCUGCUGCCGAAGCAAUCGAGCAGUCCAACGCGAUGAACGAACCCAUUUCCCCGCGUCAGGACGCGCCGCCCAUCCAGCAGGCGAUCCAGACCCUCGGUGCCCUCAACCCUCUCAACUCUCUCGACAUGCCGGCCGACCCCGAUGCUCAAGCUACCGUAACCGAUUUCCUCGAUUUUACCGAAUACCUUCCAGCAGACAUAUUGCGCUCCCUCACCCUCAUCGGCAAGCUCGACGAGACCCACGUCAACGCGUCCACCAAAGUCCACGAACUCGCCACCAAAUGGUCUCAACUACCCAACAUCCCACCCCCCGAGCGGACCAGUGCCGUCGAUGUGCGUGCCAACAUCUCCGAACAGCUUCAGCAAGGCAUGAAUGCCCGUGUUUCCGCCCACGCGGAAGCUGUACGAAUGGAUGGAGAGGUUAAACGACACCACAGUCGCAUCAAAACCAUUCUCGCCAAGCUGGAGACCAUGUUUGAGAACUACCCGCCCCCAGAAGAGAUCAAGAGUCCUGUUGCAACGUUCAAGUCGCCCCAGGCAGCGGCAGGGUCGAAGGCACCCCUAAGACUGGAUGGUCAGAAACCUCGACGACAUGCGAUCCCACGAAUCACAGUCCCUGGAGAAGUUUUGGCGCCAUACGAGCUCAAUUAUGAACCGUUUACCAGCGACAGCGAGAGCAGCUCCGAGGACGAGGAUGUGGCAUCUCUGUCCACCAGCCGUGUAACCCCAGCACCCCAGCCACGUAUCAAGGUUGUGAAGGCUCCUGCCCGACCCCCUAAAGCUGGAAAGGCACCCAAGCCAAGGACAUCCGUACCUCCGCCGCAUGUUCCGGGGGGCGAGCAACCGCUAUCUACGAGCGCUGCGCUGGCACAGCUGGGUCCGCCUCCAGUGAACCCUGUCAUCGGCAGCCCGGACGCUCCUUGGGGUCAGCUUACACCGUUCGAACUCGCCAAGCUGAGGAAGAAGAUGAAGAAGAAUGCGGCAUGGACCCCCUCCGUCACCAUGAUCGCUCGAGAACUCCAAGCGUUGGGCCGCGGCUAUGAAGCCUUCAAAGCUGCACAGCAAAAAGCGGAACAAGAGGGUAGGGUCUUUGAAGGAAAGAUGCCUGUUCCGGUCAAGAACCCUACCACUGGAGAGAUGCAGAUGCCCGUGGGCGCGGUCUCGGAAGAGGCUUUGGCUGCAGACGAGGCGAAUACCUAUAAUCGUGGCAUGAAGUUGAACGAGGCCAAGAAACUCAAGAGAGUCCAGUUGGCACACCAGGCUGCGAUUGAGGCUGAAGAGUCGGCGAAGCUCCUGGACAAUGUUGCCCGGAUAUUGAUGAACAACUCGCAGCCUGCCAUUGCCCAGCCAACCCCAACCCCUACGAUAGUCAACAACAGCCGACCUAAGCAACCGAAGAAGCGCAAGAGGGAGUCUGUCAUCGAGGCCGAUGCGACGAAACCGGAGUCGCAGAUCAAGCGGAUGAAGAACGAGACUCCUGUCCCUACUCCGCAGCUAAAUCUUCAACCACACCAAAGGACGGCAGUGCCUACACCUGUCCUGCAUUCUACAACCCCCAUCCCUCUCCCCAUUCACGCCCAAGAUCACUCCAGCGCUGUCAAAUCUAGUGCCUCCGUCGCUUCGGCGACAUCUCCCGCCCCAAGCAGCAUCGCCGGUAGUUCCAGUGCGGCACCUCCAGUUCCGCCCAUAAAGCUACCACCCGCUGAAACCCCGAUCCCGCCGCCGCUACGGUCGCCCAGAAAGUCUACAACUCCGAUUCUUCCUCCUGUUAGAGAGACGAGGAAGACGCAAAUGACUCGCACCCAAGAGCAGCAGCCACAACAACCGACAACACAACCGCAACCGCAACCACUACAACAGCAGCAACAGCAGCAGCCGCCGCAACGGCUGCCGCAGCAAAACCAACCACAACAGAAACAACAACUACAGGUGCAGCAACAGCAAAAGGAAAUACAAAGUGCGUCUCGUGUAACAACUCCAGCUGCAGAUGUACCUAGUCACACACCAGAUCAAGAGGAACAAGCAGUAUCCACAACAGUGACUGCGCCUCCCAGUGUGGCAUCAACCACAUCUAUUCGUCGCAAGGCUUCUAGUUUAGAACCCCAGGCUUCUCUUGCAUCAGAUCGCCCUCGUCGCACAAGUACUGCCCGGAACACCCCUGCACCAGACAAGGCUCCGGCAGAGACUACCACAACCACACGGACGACCGGAAAGCGAACCAAAAGACCAGCGCCAGGUGUUAUUAGUCGGACUGUGAGCGGCGGCAAUAGUGCUGUUGGGAAACGAAAAGCCGCGCCGAAGAAGAGCGCCCGCACCGGGAAGGGUAAGGACAAGGCAGCUGUGGAAGGUCGACAAACAGCGGCGGCAGUAGCAGCAACGACAGCCGCCGCCGGAGCCAAAAACGAGAUGGAAGUUGAGGUGGAUGACGAGGGGAACGUGAUCGAUCCCGACGAGCCGAGGUACUGCCUAUGCAACCGUGUGAGCUUUGGGAUAAUGAUUCAAUGUGAUAACGUCGAUAAAUGCCAGCAGGAAUGGUUCCAUCUCGAAUGCGUAGGACUCACCGCGAUUCCGGCGAGGACGACGAAGUGGUAUUGUCCCGACUGUCGCAAGGCGCUCAACAUUGGCGAGAAGGGCGAAGUCAGUGCCAGAGGCAUCAAGGCCUAGAGAACUGGAGGCAUUAGUGCCUACGUUGAGAGCCCAGGGGGCUAGAGCGCUAAGAGAGGCCUUGAGAUACCUCUAGGGUCCGUGGGAUGUUUUGUUUCCUGUCUUGUUCAGUACAGCGUGGAGCCAAGCUGGUUGCGUGAUGGCAAUGCACUGGGGCGUUGGUUUUCGGUUGGGAAGGCGCUGAUGCGUUAGAAGUCAUUUGGCAGCGCGUUCUGGCAUUUAUAACCUCAGCCUGCCAGGUGGAUUAUCGAUUCCUUUUCACCAUACAUGGCGAUUAAUUAACCUUUCAGAGUAGGACAUUGGGCUACAGACUUUAGUAACAUGACUAUGACAGAUCGGACUGUUAGUAGUUAAGCUCAAAGGCUCACCAAAAAGAGGGCACUUAUACUGCUUGGAAAUGGCCCUUGUUAUGGAGCGAGAAUGUAUCCCAUAGCGGAAGUUGACGGGCGAGAAAGCUGCGACGAACAUGUAUAUUGUUUUAUACAACCAUAGUAUACCAGGUGUUCUUAUGCGAUGCACACGAG